GAUGGUGAGUCGGGGAUAAACACUCCGCGGCGGUGGUGGCUGCUGCUCUUCUCUAGGUUCUGUCACGGUGUCGGCGGUACCCCGCUCACCAGCCCCCUCCCCCUAUCCGGCGAGCGUGGCCGCCAGCGAAGCUGCGGUAACCCUGCUCUGCGGGGUCCACAGCGGGGCGCAGGUGUCCAGCGCAGGCGGCGAGCCCGUGGGCAGUGGGGGUUGGUCCCGUGGCUCCGGCCCCCGGUGCAGAAUGGCGACGGCGGUUCGGAUGAACAUCCAGAUGCUGCUGGAGGCGGCUGACUACCUGGAGCGCCGAGAGAGAGAAGCUGAACACGGUUAUGCCUCCAUGUUACCAUACAAUAACAAGGACAGAGAUGCCUUAAAACGGAGGAACAAAUCCAAGAAGAAUAACAGCAGUAGCAGAUCAACUCACAAUGAAAUGGAGAAAAAUAGACGGGCCCAUCUUCGCUUGUGCCUGGAGAAGUUGAAGGGGCUGGUACCACUUGGGCCCGAAUCAAGUAGACACACUACUUUGAGUUUAUUAACAAAAGCCAAAUUGCACAUAAAGAAACUUGAAGAUUGUGACAGAAAAGCCAUUCACCAAAUAGACCAGCUUCAGCGAGAGCAGCGACACCUGAAGAGGCAGCUGGAGAAGCUGGGCAUCGAGCGGAUACGGAUGGACAGCAUCGGCUCCACGGUCUCCUCAGAGCGUUCGGACUCCGACCGGGAAGAAAUCGAUGUUGACGUUGAAAGCACAGACUAUCUCACGGGGGAUCUGGACUGGAGCAGCAGCAGCGUGAGCGAUUCUGACGAGCGGGGAAGCAUGCAGAGCCUGGGCAGUGACGAGGGCUACUCCAGCGCCAGCAUCAAGAGAAUAAAGCUCCAGGACAAUCACAAGACGUGUCUGGGUCUAUAAGAGUGGUCGCCCCAGCUGCCUCCAGGAUGGUUCUGUCGGAUCUGAUUAGGUAGUGUAUCGGACCUGCCCACGAUUCCCUUGCACGUCAACUUCAGUGUACCACCUUUACCAAAAUCAGCUUUGUAAGAGUUUUCAAGGAAGUGCUUAGGAUUGUGGGUUUCUGACUGCAUCCAGUAGCUUCUCUCUCUCUCUCCAUAAAAAUUCGUCUCUGAGAGACCGUACAUUCCAAUCAAUUUGAAGCACCCAAGAAUUCUUAGACCGAAUAAGCGACUUUCACAUCUCAGCACUUACCCCUUUACUGCCCCCGGGUUGUCUACCAGACCUUUCUUAAAGUUCUCCAGCUCACUAUAUUACUUGCCUAGCAGAAAAUGCCCGAAUGUGUCUUGUGCUUAGGAAACUGAAGGAAACAAACUUCUCAAGCUGAGAUCCUGAUCUCAGAACUCCAAAGUAAGCUUUGAAAGCAGCGUUUGAGAGCACUUAACCAUGGACCUUACCCCAGGGAGGAGUCAGGAAUACCUCCAGAAAGCACCCCUCACACAGCCGCGCUAACCGCCCGACCCGCGUGUGGAGGAGAGCAGGAUUUCUCACUCUAAAACGGACACCUUGAUAGCACGUCUCUGGGGCUGCCCAGCUUCUCAAAGUUCCAACCUUGUUUGUUCUCACAAACAAAACGGUACAAUCUUUGUGCGAUGCUCUUGGGGCCGCGCUGUGUUCUGCUCUCCCGAGGCACAUUUCCCCUCGAAGUUUGUUAUGCUACUUGUCUCUGGAACUUUUUUUUUUCCUACCUCAGAGAUAAAUGAGAUCUCCAUUUCCCACUUAACACAAAGUGAUUAUGCCUCCUUUUUUCCCAAAUAAGUGACAUUUGGUCCAAUUCUAAUCUAUUUUCCUAUUUAACUUUCAGCAAUAACUGAGCUUUGGCACUAGCUGAGCUAGUGUCCACCACCAGUGAGAGGAAAAGUCCACAUUUCUGCUCUGUUGCAGGUGACAGGAGGGGAUGGUACGGAAUUACCAGAAUUCCUCUCCUUAUUUUUGGAUAUACCCAGAAACUUCUUUAUGGAGGCUUUUGGGUUGAUAGUUUCAAAGGCUGAUUUUUUUUGGGUUAUGAUUUCUCCCUUAAGUGGUCUCCCACUUUGUAGCAUUUUUAUUUAAGCUAAAACAGAGCACAUGUAUAUGUACAUAAGACACAUUAAAUCUAUAAAUACUAUUUAUUCAUUUUAUAUAAACUAAUGUAAUGGAAAAUAAAUUCUUAUGACUUUGUGCUUUUAUAGAUGUCCUAGAAACUUUGUAUGUAGGAAUCUACAAAAUUGACUCAUCCCCCUUAAUAUUUUUGCAUUCAUAUUUUUGAGGUCUUGCUGUUUUCAGCCUCUGCCGAAUCUUUUUCAUUGAAUUUGAACCAUUUGUAAAAUCUGUGACGCUGAAACAGAGUGUGUGUCACAAAGCGAUGAGAACAUUCCUAAAACCCACUGCAACCUAAGGGCUCCACAGCUGAAGCAGCAGUGCCGGCCGCCCUGGGCUCCUGCUGGCCUGCGGCUCCUGCUCACCCCAGCCUCGCCGCUCCUCCACCGCCACACAGCUAGAGUGAAAGCCCAGACACACCCUGCCAGGCUCGUUCCACACACGAAGAACAGUCGAAACGCGAGAUUACUUUUGCGUUGGCUUUUUCUUUUGAAUGAUUCUUUAAUAUAUUAAAAAUAUUUUUAAUAUAUUAAAAAUAUUUAAUUGGCAGUAGUGGAUUCCUAAAAUGAUUCCGAAGUCAUCUGUAAUUCUUUUUUUCCUUCUUCAUUUCCACUUUGGGGGGUGGGGGAGGAGGAACAGGCGACACAAAGGAUUUUUUUUUUUUAAUCAUUGGAAUCUUUUCCAACUACCAGCUGAAGAUUUGCACUGAAAUACAACUUGUAUGCCUUUUGCAUUUUUAAGCCUGCCUGAAUUGAAGCAGAGUGAUAGUGUUCAAAGAGCCAGCUCAGCCUGUAACAUGUUUGAAAAAGAUAUCUGCACUUUGGGGUCCCUUUUGGAUGCCAUUCGCUACACCUCGUGAGCAUUUUGUUAAAUUGCUACGUUCAAGCGCCUCACAAGUCCACGAUGCUAGAUGCUAUAAGGCAUUGAAAACUCAAGACUUUGGGAAAAGCUUGUGGGCUUACACUGGGGGAGGGAAGGGAACAAAAUUUGUGUAUUUGUUUAAUUUAGAAAUAAGGCAUCGAAGAGAUGCCAUUAUUCUCUGUGUUUUAAUUGUUGUGCCUUUGAGUUAAAUUACAUUUUUGUCUUUUGGUUGAAAUAUGAAAUGUACUGUCCCAAUAUAAAACAGUAAUUAUUUGACCUUUGCACUGUUUGUCUGGUCCUUUUCAAUUUGAUUGCAUAUAAAUGUGGGACUGGAUGGAGCUAUGUUUUUAAUGCACUUGUGAUAACUGACACCAGGGUUGGAUAGGACUUUCAGAGCUCAAGGUAGACCGAGUCAACAUGUUAGACAGGCCUCUUUCUAACCAAAACUAACUUCCAGGACCAGCAAACUCACCCUAAGGCAGCUGAUCCCCUUCCCCACACGGCUGAUGGGCAGCCCUGACUCACCGAUCUGUCCUCAUUCACUGAGCCACCAGCAUGACUGUUCUGAGCUGUACAGUCUUUUUGGUUUUGUGUUUUUUUUUUUUUUAAGCAAAAUAGAAACAUUUCUAUUCGGGUUGUUUGGGGAAAGCGGGGGGGGGGGCAAAUAUAUAAACCCCAGCCUUUAAGACUUUGACAAUUGUACGUAAAUAGAGAUGUGUAUAAAUAUAGGCACAUGCAUAUUUUUAUGUGAAAGUUGAUUUUAAAAAACAAAAAAAAAUCUAAACUAUACUUAUUGAUACCAUUGCAAUGCAAAUGGGAAAAUAUAAGACUACGUAGUCCAAUUUAAUUUCAUGCAGUGAGAAAAUAUAUAUGUGUGCUUCUGUUGCCAUCCCAGAAAACACAGCUUGCUAUCCACACCUUGCUGGCUUAGAGUGGUGGGCUGAGCACCCAGGGUAUUUUUUUGUUUGGGUUUUUUGCUAAGCUGAGAUUUUGAAUUUCAGGUGCUGAUGUGACUGUCAGCAAUUUUCUGUAGUCACAGAUCUAAUGCCAAUUAAUGAUUCAAAGAGCAUCAUAUUUUUGAGCAGGACCUAGUUCCUUCUCCCUGUCAACCCAAGACCAAAAUAAUUUCAGUGUCAAUUCAGAAUUGAGAACUAAGUAGGCCCUGACCCUGCAAUCCGCCCCUUGAAUGGUUGCAGCUUAUUUUUAAGGUGGGCAUUUCCUUUAACCUUUUAUCAAAAGUAACAAAGGUCUCACCUGGACUUCACAUAGGUGUCCCCUCUUCAUUCCAGAAGUGGCCCAGAGCUGAUCCUAAAAGGGGAGGGGGGGGUGGGAAAUUGCAGGGGAAGAAAUGUGGACUAGGUAAAUUGUGAUGCUCAGAACAAUUGGCUAGCGAUAUCUUGUGGCUUUGCUAAUGGACUUUUUGGGUUUUGUUUUCCUUCUUGCCCCUCCCCCAUCCUUAAGAAAGAAAACUUAUUUUUAAAGAGUAUAUAUACACACACACAUUAUUUAGGUUGUUAUAUUGCACUGCAUUGGCAAGAAUAUCACUUUCAUUGUCCUUUAUGAUCAUUUAUUCCCCCAAAACUCACUCUCUUUUUUCUCACGUUUGUCUUUCCUUUACCUGCCCUGCGUGUUGAACACCAGAAAGUCAAAGACUCCAAGACAAUUUCUUGCAUGUCAGUCUUUUUUUAUGUCUGACUCUUGGAUGCUGGAUGUUUAGGUAGCUGGCUACUCCUCACUUAAAAUUCCUUCCUGGAGGAAGAUAACCAAAAGACCCUUUAAAUGAGAUGGUUUUUCCUCAUCAGAUAAGAUCUCUGUAGACUAUGGGAUGUUUUGAUUUCAAAGAUACCUGGGGGUGGGAGUGCAAUAUAUGAUUUAUCAUGAUUGUUUUCACUAACGUUACAUGGACAACUUUCUUACAUUCUUCUGAAAGAAAUAUUUGCCUGGCUCUGCUAGAUUCAGCUACUGAAUAGCUAAAGAAAUUGAGUAUCUGUCUUCUCUCAAAAUCAUAGACUGAGAAUUAGUUAGGCACCAAAUUUAAGAUUUACCCAGAUUUUUAAUUUUGAUUACUUAUUCUAUUUGGGAGGGUAGGGGGUUGAGGGGACAUUCUUCAUUUUAGCUUUUACCUGAGAAUCAAACUUGCCUUUACCCCCCAUUCCCUAGAUUGGUGCUCUGGGGAUACUGUCAACCAUCAACGUUAGGGGCAUCUUCCUAGUGGUAAAUGCAACCUAGACAGGGAGCAGCAGGUGAGAGUGUGAAAUUCUUUCCAGAUGUUUAUUUCUUUAUGUAAAUACGCCAAUGUAAAUCCUGUGUCAAGACAUAGAGAAUGGUGCUUUUUACUACAGUUAGCACAUGCAUUUUUAGAACUACAUGUUUUAGAAAAUCUUUGCUGUGUAUAUGUAAACUUCUAUAUUGUUUAACCGUUAACAAAUAAUAAAUUAUUUCAU